CUCUCUCAUUCUUCGAAGCCAAACUACUUCACACAAUCGGUACAAGGAACAACCAACUACGUAGUCUGCUUGCAGUUGAGACACACACCCCAAUUCGACCAACACAAAAAAGAUUAGCCACAGAGAAAUAAAAAAAGCAGGGAUGACGACGUAUACACACAGCAGUGGUCACCGACCRCAGUUCUUGACGGCGGUUGCGAUGUACCUGCUCGCAACAACCUUCUCGUUGGCGAUGUUUGGUCACCAAACGAUCACACCGGCACUGGCUUCGUCGUCGCCGCCGAUGCCGUCGUCGGGCUCGACCAGGCCACUGGACGAAAACCGUUUUGUGCGGCUGGCCAAGAAACACUAUCAGAAGGCCAGGGAACUCGCGCUGAUCGAGCAACAGGUGGAGGACCACAACGCCAGGUGGAUUGCUUCCUCCAAAAACCGCGCCGAGGCCACCAGCAAGCGCAGGCUGAUCUGCCUGCCCCUCGACGAGCGGUUCGAUCCCCCGAUGGGAAUGUUCAGCCACGGCCACACCCAGACCGGGGACAAGAUAUCGCUCCCGCCCUGUUUCAUGACCACCAUCAAAGAGAACAAGGCCGAGGUUCCCUGGCUGUUCAAGGUAAGCCGGGUCGACGAGUGCGGCAGCAGCGGCRACAAGCUCACUACGGGAGAACGGGUCAACAUCGACGUCGUCGAAAAGGGGUUCGCGGCCCAGCCGGACCUGAAGGAAAUCGUCGGCGGCCCCCUCGACUGCCGUGCCCCCGCCAACUACUGCUUCAUGCCGUGGUGGAUGAUGAGGGCGCUGGGGCUCAAGCCGCUCGACCUGGUCGACGUCCAGCUGAUCACGACCGUCCCGCCGGGAUCGAUGGCAAAGUUCCGUCCCCACUCGGCKGCCUUUGCAAAGGACAUUUCGAACCCGCAGGCCGUCAUGGAGACGGAGCUCCGGCACUAUUCCUCCCUGACCAAGGGUUCCUCCAUCGCGUUCGACUACAACGGGAAGCGGUACUGGUUCGACGUGGAAGAGCUGCGGGCCGCUCCCAAGGGAGAGAAGGUGUCCAUGGUCAAGGUCCAGGACUGCGAUCUCGCCACGGAUUUCUUGGUGUCGAAAGACGUCGUCAAGGAGAAAAAGCGCAAGCUCGAGGAGGCCCGCAGGGCCCGGCUCGAGGCCGAAGAAUAAUCGUUUUUUUUUAAGAAAUUCGGAAAAAUUCG